UGCUGUUUUCUUGCCAAGACUUUCCGUCCCGAAUUAAAGAAAACGCAGCGCGAAACCCACAAACAGCAAGACCACAGAGUACAGGCACUCUUUGCUUGGUGAGAGACUGCUCAGUCAGUCCUGCCCCUCUCUCUCUCUCCCUCUACCUCUCCUUUCACGCACAAGACAGAAAGAGACAGAGAGACAAUGCCUCAAGCUAGGUCUUUAGGCCUCUCUUUCUUCAUCCCUUUAUCUUGUUAUGUAUAAUUAACCAAAAUCUUCUCAGAGGAAAAUGGCUCUGCAUAAUCUUCAAAACGGUUCCUUUUUUGAUACUCUGUAUUGCAGUGACGAGAACUGGGAGGAGGAAGUUGGGGAUGAUAAUUUCUUACAACAAGAGAGCUAUUAUAGUAAUGAUGGCGAAAAAUCUAUUCCGGUAUUGCUAGAACAAGACUUGUCUUGGGACGAUGAAGAGCUGUCUUCGUUGUUUGGCAAGGAAGUGGAAAACGACUUGUACAAAAUCAUGGAAACAAACCCAUCUCUGGCUUGGGCUCGUUGUGAGGCUGUGGAUUGGAUUCUCAAGGUCAAUGCCCACUACAAUUUCUCGGCUCUAACUGGUGUUCUUGCUGUCAACUAUUUGGAUAGGUUUCUGUUCAGUUUUCAGCUUCAAAGAGAGAAGCCAUGGAUGACCCAACUUGCUGCUGUGGCUUGUCUCUCUCUUGCUGCUAAAGUGGAGGAGAUUCAAGUGCCCCUUCUAUUGGACCUGCAGGUGGAGGAGAGUAGGUACCUAUUUGAGGCCAAAACCAUCAAGAGAAUGGAGAUUCUGGUUCUGUCUACGCUUGAUUGGAAAAUGAAUCCUGUAACCCCAAUCUCAUUUCUUGAUUACAUUACAAGAAGGCUCGGGUUUAAGGACCAUCUCUGUUGGGAGUUUCUCCGGAGAUGUGAGUGCACCUUGUUUUCCUUCAUUUCAGACUCCAGGUUCAUCCAUUAUCGACCAUCUGUAAUGGCAGCCGCUGUAAUGCUGCACGUUAUCGAUAGCGUGAAGCCCUGUCUUCGCGCAGAAUACCAGGACCAGAUAUUGAGCAUUCUUGGAAUCGACAAUGACAAGGUAGACGAGUGCUGUAAACUCGUGAUGGAACUCGCAACAAAAAGCAUUGGCAUUCAAUCCAAUAAACGCAAAUUGGGUUCAAUUCCUGGCAGCCCAGAUGGCGUAAUCGAUGUGUCAUUUAGUUCAGACAGCUGCAACGAUUCGUGGGCAGUGGCAUCAUCUGUGUCUUCUUCCCCUGAACCUUUGUCCAAGAAGAGCAGACCUCUGCAGUGCCUCGACAAUGGAGCAACUGCAGAAGAUAUCCUCACCAUUAAUCCUUGCUAGUUCUCCUUGGUCAAUAUUUCCCCUUUUAUCUUCCUCACAAACUGCGGUCUGCAUAUAUUAUUAUUAUAUAUUCUUGUAAUAACAGAUAAUAUUCCUUUUGAUUUGCAAGUUAAAUUGCCAACCAUCCCUGCUUCUCUUUUUUUUUUUCCUCUCAUUUUUCAUUAAUGCACAAUUGUUACAAUGAGAAUUCACUGCUGCAAUACCAGCACCAUUGUAGUGUUAAAGGUCAAUGCAGAAGCAGAGCUUUUA